AUGUCUCAUUCUCAGUCCCUUCUCGAGCAGGGCGUACCUUUGGGCCCAACGAUCGUCCCUCAGCCCAACGGACUUCCCCCUGACGAAGAUGAACACGCUGCCAGACUGUCUUCUUGGGCAGACAAAUACCGCGGGGCGACUGUAGCAGACCUGGAUCUUCCUCCUGCGCUUUCGACUUCUCCAAGCACCUCGCUUGCCUCUGCCAUGCUCUCAGCCUCCUCUCAUGACUAUUCUCACUUGACGGUCCUCUCCGAUAACAAUCGCUCCCUUCUGGGUUACCUGCCUGUUUCGAAAUUGAAACACCUCUUUGAAUCAGGAUUGUUGCAGCCCUCUGACCCAGUAUCGAAGGCCAUGGUAAAAUUUCAGCGAGGGGGAGGAAGGAAAUACCAAGUAGUCACAAUGGAGACGGAGUUAUGGGAGCUCGAAGGGUUUUUCGAGGACGUCGGGCCGUUAGCCACAGGCGACAACCAAGACUUUGCCGUCGUCACCGAUGGAGGGAGAAAAUUCGUACUGGGCGUCGUCACUAGGAGUGAUCUGGAGGAGUUUGUGAAGAGAAGGCCUGCUUGA